GGGUCAUCAUCAAGAGGAGGAGUGGCGAGAUUCCCUGCCCCUUGGCCGUGGAGGCGUUUGCUGCUCACCUCAGCUAUAUCUGCAGAUACGACGACAAGUACAGCAAGUAUUUCAUUUCUCACAAGCCAAACAAGACCUGGCAGCAGGUGUUCUGGUUCGCCAUCAGCAUCGCCGUCAACAACGCCUACAUCUUGUACAAGAUGUCGGAUGCCUACCACGUGAAGCGGUAUAGCCGGGCACAGUUCGGGGAGAGACUCGUCAGGGAGCUACUGGGCCUGGAGGAUGAAUCACCGGUCCACUGAGGCUGUGCGCCAGCCCGGGAGUGGCAGGGAAGAGGAGGGAGCCUGACAGUUAUCUGCCCAUCACAGGCCCAAGUGCAAUCAGAAGGUUUGCAUUCAGAGAGGAGCACGUCUCCUUGGGGGUGUGGCUCCCACGCGUGGCGUGGGAGAGCUCAGGUGACCAGAGGGCUGUGAUGGCGGACGGCACCAACGGCAGGAUGAGCUGAGUGUUCUCUGAGAGGAACGGCUGCUUCCCAGAGAUGGACACGAUCACGUUGGUGCCAGCUGAGCACACAAGACGGUCUACGUGGAUAAUGGUGCAGGUGCAUGGGGGGUUGGGGCUUUUCAGUGUUUGCCUUCUGCAAGCCCCUCCUAAAAGAAGAAACACAACCUGGUGCCAUUAAAACGCAGAGCGGGGGGUGUUCUUGCCCCAUCCUCUGUGGGGCUGGUGGGGAGCUGCCCAGAGUGGGACUAGCUGGGAUCGCAGCAGAAGGUGACGCUAUUUUUAUUUUUAAAUCUAUCUAUCUUCAGGUUAUUUUCUUACUGUUGCUUAAGGUCUACUGUAAAGGAGCAGUGUCCUUCUUCUCUCUCCGCACCCUCUCACCAUCCCUUGCAUGAUCAGUUCUGUGUCUGGCCUGUGGCAGGGCGGGAAGGGCCGCUGGCUUCCGGGAUGAAAUGGUUGCAGCCGUCAAGGACUGGGGAGUCUGAGGCCCGGGAGCUUUGUCACAGUCACCAUUGUGGCAGAAUUACUUGUUUUGAGACAUGUGUAGUGUUGCUGAAACAAAGCCCUCUGCUGAGGACAGACAUUUGCUAAUUGUCUUUUCUCCGUGUGUGUGUGUGUGUGUGUGUGUGUGUGUGUGUGGCUCCUCAAAGGCACAGCUGGCUUGGGACAGUGGUGGCCGCCUGGGUUGGGUGUGGUUUGACAUGGGGCCACACUGCUAUGCGAGCUCUUUCCCACAGGCCUGGGCUCUUUCCACCCAAGGUUUACACGUCCCCAUGGGAGCACGACCGGGCCCACUGUCCCCACGGACAUGCAACUUCUGGGUUAUCCAGUGCCUCCUAGGCCAGUUCAUAGUCACCCCAUCUCUACAGAUGCAGAAUCUAUUCGACUCAGGCUUUGAGACGUUUCUCUUCUCACACUCAGUCACCUGUGUUGCUGGCAGCCCCUAACCUCCCUACUGUCUGUGCCCUCAUUCCUGGCGAGGACCUCACCCUGGGGUGUGAACUCAGUGCCACGGACUGUAGGCCAAAUUUUAGAUUGUGUUUCUGACACCUCUGCUGUGCCCUUUAAUUGGAUCGAAAGCACUUUUACCACAUGGAGAAAUAUAUUUUUAAUUUGUGAUGCUUUUCUACAAGGCCCACUAUUUCUGAGUUAACACGUUCCCAGCACUUAAGGAGAUUAUCGAAGGCCGAUGAAUUUUCUUUUCUGUCCAGAUAAAAAUAAAAGUCUAUUUAGAUGUCGAUUCUUUGUUAGUCACGUGGAUUUGUUUCAAGGGACAGAGACACAAUUACUCUGUAAACCUUGCCUUCCUAUUGUGUGAUCUGGUGGCUCUUGGAAUCCCGAACCACUAAAAGAAGUUUAUAAAAGAAAUCCAGUUAUGGCAGUAGUUGCGUGGAUGCAGUCGGCCAUCCCCCUCCUCAUCCACGGUUACCCGAGGUCGACUGUGAUCCAAAAACACUAAAUGGAA